UAACUACGUCGUUCAUCCACUGUGCCUCACCACUGCCAUCAUCAUCAUCAACAACAACAACCAUGCCUGUUGGAGGUUUUUCUCUUUAUAGAUUUUGAUUAGAUAGGCACAACACUUAAGGUAGGGGACAGUUUUUGUGGGUGAAGAAGAAGGAAGAAAAGGUAAGGUUGGUGGUGGUGCAUGUGGGCGUGGAGCUGGAUGGUGGUGGUUGAAGGAGGUGUUGGUGGCAGAGGAACCAUCUUCAAAGGUUAGGGAUUGACGAGAGCAUCAAUGUUUCCUACUAUUACCUACAAUCCGCCUGAAGAUUCUCUAAGCCAAGAUGUGAUUGCAACUGUGGAGAAGAGCAUGAAAAAAUAUGCUGACAACCUCAUGCGAUUUCUUGAGGGAAUUAGUUCAAGGUUAUCCCAAUUGAAAUUAUAUUGCUACAAUCUUGACAAAUCUAUUGGAGAAAUGAGAUCUUAUUUAAAUCGUGACCAUGGGGAGCAAGAUUUAAAGCUCAAGGCCCUUGAAAAACAUCUUCAAGAGGUUCAUAGAUCUGUACAAAUUUUAAGAGACAAGCAAGAGCUAGCUGACACUCAGAAAGAAUUAGCCAAGCUUCAACUUGCUCAGAAGGAAUCAUCUUCCUCAAGCCACUUAGAGGAGAGAUCAUCGCCUUCUACAACAGAUCCUAAAAAGAUUGAUAGUGCAUCUGAUGCACACAACCAGCAGUUAGCUCUUGCACUUUCUCAUCAAAUUCCCCCACAGCAGCAGCAGCCGCAACCGGCUGCACCCCAUGCUCAAGCUCCAGUAGCAAAUGCGUCCCAAGCCACCCAACAACCUACUUAUUACAUGCAGCAACCCCCCACUCCAUUGCCAAACCCUCCAGCUGCUCCCCAGCUCUUUCAGAAUCAGUAUUUACCAUUGACAAAUCAACAAUACCAAACACCCCAACUUCAACAAGACAUGUCGCGGGUGACUCCACAACCAACACCAUCUCAGGUAACCCCAUCCCCAGCUGUGCAACAGUUCCCUCAGUAUCAGCAGCCACAGCAACAACAGCAGCAGCCGCAGCAGCCGCAGCCACCCCAGCAGCAGUGGGCUCAGCAGGUGCCAUCUUCACAGCCUCCCUCAAUGCCACCCCAGAUAAGAUGCUCAUCGAGCCAAACAAAAAAUUUGCAAUGACCUUCCUUUCCCUGUCAAAAUUCCCAAUGAUCAGAUACUAUUUGCAACCAUCUAACAUCUCGGUGCGACGGCGACGUUUCCAUCUCCAGCCUGAAGCGCAUAUGGAACUGAGCUUGAACCAGACUUCUCUUCUCUAAAUCCACUUACGCUUCUUCUUGAGGUUGAUGAUGCCCCCUGCGUUGCCAUUGUUAACAUACGCAGAACUCUUCUCCUCACCACCAGCCACCAGCCUGAACGAAGAAGCCAAACGAAUUUUAAGAUUAGGGCACCUAUCUAAACGACGUAGUUAUGGGCUCCAAGGACUUAUUUGUUCACUUUCCAAAUGCUCCAUCUCACUAACGUGCCACGUUGGCAUCCGUCAUGCCAGGUAAGACGAAGGGAAG